CUCAUCCACAACAGAUAAAAUUCUUUCUAUCCUCAAAUCUCAACCAAUCGCUCGCAAUUUUUUCUUCAUUUGUUAUAUGCAGUAUUUAAUUUAAUUAUUUAAUUUUACAAUUAUUUGUUAUUAAAUUGUAAAAUUUUAGAAAUUGUUAUAAAUGUUACGUUCACUACUUGCUUUUAGCAAGGUGUCCAUAACAAUUGUAAUAUUAUUUUGUUCAUUAGUCAUCUCCAGAUGUGCAAUCCCCCAGAAUGUUGACUUCUUUCGGUUUGAUUUGGAUGCAAAUCGUUCUUUGCGUACACCACGUCAAGAGCCUUCAGCUGGUUUGCAAACUGAGGCUCAAAUUCCAGGUUCAUCAGUUGCUUCAGCUCCUUUAUUCCAGCCGAUCAACAAUGAUUUGCCUUCUCAGUUCAAGUUUUCUGAAAAAGACAAGGAAGCUGUCGACAAGGCUACAACGUUCACAAAUUCCUUAUUAGAAAGACUUGGCCUGGCGAGUAAUCAAAAAGCAGAUAAUCAAAAGGAGCUCCGCAGGCAUCCAGCACCUGCAUUCUAUCAGACAGAUGAUCUGACUGGGCUGGGUGCCGAUUUAGCUUCAAAUAGGAUUGAUUUACAAGGAUUGGCAAGUGGACAAAUUCCAGGCUUGGCGCCGAUUCCAGUACCAGGGUUUGCUGGUCCACAGGAUGCUCCCACCGUUCCUGGUGUGAAUACUAUUCCUGGUCUAAGCAAUUUUAAUUACAUUGUUGGGCAACUUGUACCUCAAAUGAUUCCUCCUACUAAUACAUUAUUAGGGUCAUCCAUUUCACGUCUUUUGCCAAAGGAUGCAACCAAAAAUCUGGCGAAAAAUGUAUUUAGAGCAGUUCAUCCUGCUGCUGAAAAUGUUGAUGUGGCUCGAAUGAUGGGUCGCUGGUUCCAGGUAAUUACAAGUCCUCAUGUCAUUCGUGAAGCAUGUACUGUCUCACACUUUGGCGCCCUUACUAACAACACAUAUUCCGCAACAUUUACUAUUCUCAAGUUCUACAGAGAGGGAAAUUCAAACGGGCCACCAAGAUUCUCACUGGGUUAUGGUUUUAAAGCUGGGGAUACAGGACAAUUCUUACUUCAUUCAAGUAAUUCGCCUGACGCUGAACCUUUUUGGGUGAUCAAGCUAGGACCAUUGAAUGAGUAUAACCAAUAUGAUUAUGCGGUUGUUUCAAAUUGGGUUCGCUAUCCUGUUUUCGUGAUUGCUCGUGAUCCAGAACGAUUUCAUCAAUCCCAUAUGAAGCAGGUACUUCAAUUCCUAGAAGAUAACAAUUAUAUCAAUGUUGUUACUAAAGCAUUCAACCUGAUCUCACCAGUUGACUAUUCACAAUGCCAGUAUACUCCAACAUUUUCCGGAGCUGGCUGA